UCUCUCACACAGCAGAGAGAGAGAGCGAGAGAGAGCAGCGUGCAGCAUGUGUGUCUGAAGGGAGAGAAACACACAGAGAGCCUCAGAUCAGGCUAUGCGCGCAGCUUGUCUGAGUCACUGCACUCUCAUACUGCUCUCUGUGUCUGCAUCAGACGCACAGAGGGAGAGGGCUGGAGACCACAGAAACGUACACAGACGGGCUGAGGGAGCAGAGGCCUCUCAGCGGAGCCACACAGGCACACGGACGCUCAGCACCUGGCCUCUUGGCGUGCUUUCCAGGGCACAAAACCCAUGACGAGGUUUUCGGGACAGAGAAGACAAUCAGUCUGUCGGCCCCCCUUCACUGAGGCUUGAUCGAACUGAGGGCCUUUCUAGAGCAGCCCCUCCAGUCUCUCGGGACAGUGUCCAGAGGGGGAGAAUCCACAGUCCGACCUGCUGGGUUUCUCCCGAGACCCAUAGGGACUGAUCACGGGACAGAACCAGACAAAGCAGCUAAACGUUACUGCGGACCACCGGAAAUUACUGCGGACCACCGGAAAUUACUGCGGACCACUGGAAAUUACUGCAGACCACCGGAAAUUCCUGCGGACCACUGGAAAUUACUGCAGGCCACCGGAAAUUACUGCAGACCACUGGAAAGUGCAGGAAACAACUUGAAAUUAUUGCAGUCUAUUGGAAUUUACUGGAAUUGAUUUAUUGUCAUUUUAUAGGCCCAGAUUCCCUCACUCACUCGCACUUUGCUCUUCUGUCGGUGUUGGCGCUCGACUCUGUUCCCCUGAGACACCAGCACAAAACCAAUUUUUUGCCCUCUUUUUAAAAUCAUUUGAAGUCUAAUUGCGAGCAAAAAAAAAAAAACAACAACCAGGAAGCCUCAUUUGCGGAAGUGCUGCUGUGCUCUGCAGGAGUCAGGCGUGGCGAGACGGCGGAGGGCUGUGGAGGAGCAGCACACUCCAGCCCUGGACACUGUCCGGCAGCGCUGGGCCUGGACACCUCUAGCCCCCCACUGCCAUGCUGCCCCUCCUGUGGUGAGGACAGCUGCCGAAGUGAGUACCUUAGUGUGAAGACCACCCGCCGCACCAGUCCAGAGAGAGCGCCCCCUUCAGCUUGAGCCAUGUCGUCUCACGUCAAGCUGCGCAAGGAGAAGGGCACCCUGGCGGAGUACGAGAUGCAGAUCAAAGAGGUGCGCUCCCAGUUGUCAGAACAGUUGAAGGUGCUGGAUGUGCAGGUUGAGCUGCGGGUCCAGCUGAUCCAGGACCUGAAUGAGUUCCUGCGACGCCGGGCCGAGAUUGAGCUGGAGUAUUCCCGCUCUCUGGAAAAGCUGGUCGACAGGUUUUCCUCCAAGAUCCGUCACCCCAAGGAGCAGCAGAACCUCAAGAAGGAUGAGAACCUCCUGUCGCCUGUCAACUGCUGGUACCUCCUGCUGAACCAGACCCGGCAGGAGAGCCGCGACCACGCUGCGCUGGGAGACACGUGCAGCGCCCACAUCACCGUCAGACUGACGCACAUCGCCGAGGACACGGGCCGGCUGUCCAAGAAGAGCAAAGAGGUUGGACUGCAGAUGCAGGAUGAGCUCCUGAAGGUGACCAGCGAAUUGCAGACAGCCAUGAAGACCUAUCACCAAUACCACACUGACAGCCUCAGUGCAGAGGGGAAGAUGAAGGAGGCGGAGAAACUGGAAGAGCGUCACAUGGGCAAGUCAGCUGACCAGGGGGUCAGCCAAUCAGGUGGCGACCCCAAGCAGCAGAGGCGGAGCUCUGUGAAGAAGAUGGAGCGAAUGAAAGAGAAGCGGCUGGUGAAGCUGCAGGAGGCACAGCUGAAGUGCACGAAGGCGCGGAACGACUACCUGCUGAACCUGGCGGCCGCCAACGCCGCCAUGAACAAGUACUACCUGCAGGACGUCUGCACCCUCAUCGACUGCUGUGACCUGGGGUUCCACCUGUCUCUCGGCGGGGCGCUGAGGGGCUACCUGUCGGCCCAGCGGCGGGUGCAGCAGUCGAGGGAGGAGGCGCUGGUGGUGCUGGACACGGCCAUCCAGGGACUGGACCCCCAGAGCGACCAGAAGAAGAUCCUGGAGAUGAACAACUCGGCCUUCUGCCUGCCCUUCCGCUUCGAGUACCAGCCUCACGAGGGAGACCAGGUGUGCGAGGUGAGCGUCGAAGCACAGGUGCGCCACGAGCUGGAGACGCGCUUCCAGCAGCUGCAGUCCAGACUGUCCUCCGUGACGAUUGAAACUGAGGAGGUCAAUAAGACCCUGCGGGCCACUCUGAAGGCUCUGCUGGACUCCAUCAGCACGGAGGAGUACAGCUCCCCUGAAACCCCCCAAGCAGGGCAGUCAGCAGAGCAGUCCAGGGCCAGCGCCCCCGACCCCACUGGCAACAAGUCCAGCCUGGCCAAGAAGAGAGCCAAUCAGCAGGAGUCCGAGAGUUUCUACUUCAAUAAAGUGAAGGAGUACCUCAGUGGCAGCAAUCUCAUCUCUAAACUCCAGGCCAAGCACGACCUGCUGAAGGAGGCCAUCGAGAAAGCGGAAGCUAUCGACAGCGACCCCACCAGGCUGCAGUCCAGCCAGUCUGUUCGUGUGAGGAGGCCGCGCCCCUGCUCCCAGUACAACCACAAGCUGUUCACUGGAGACCUACUGACCUUCGUGGAGAGCUCUGGUCAGCAGAUUCCUCUGGUGGUGGAGAGUUGCAUUCGCUUCAUCAACUUGCAUGGUCUGCACCAUGAGGGGAUCUUCAGAGUGCCUGGUUCCCAGUCAGAGGUCAAUGAAAUCAGGAAUGACUUUGAGAGAGGUGACGACCCCCUCACAGACUCUCAGGGUGACCACGACAUCGACUCUGUGGCUGGCGUGCUGAAGUUGUAUUUCCGGGGGCUAGAGACACCACUGUUCCCCAAAGACAAGUUCAAUGACCUCAUCGAGUGUGUCCAAGUGGAGAACUCUCUGGAGCGAGCGUGUCACAUUAAGAGAGUGGUGUCUUCGUUCCCGCGGCCUGUGCUCGUGGUCAUGAGAUACCUCUUCGCCUUCCUCAACCAGUGAGUCUCUGCCUCCUCCUUCGCGGUCUCUCCCAGUGUGGGAGCUGACGAGGUUAUGAGCUGACGAGCUACUGAGCUGAUGAGGUGAUGAGCUGACGAGCUACUGAGAUGACGAGGUGACAAGGUGACAGGCUAAUGAGCUGACGAG